GACUUUUGUUUAGUCGAAGGGGGGACCCCGAACUUAGAAAGCACGCCUUUGGCCGAAGUCUCCUUGGUCGAAGAGGUGUGCCUAGCCUUAUCAGCCCCGCCUCGAGGAGAGAUGCCGGCUCCAUUUGGGCCCAGGAGGCUCGCGCGGUAGCAGCGGCGGCGAUGCCACCGCCACCGCCACCAAAUCCAACACUGGGGCAGGGAGGAACGAUGGCGCAAGGAGGAGUGCCACCACAGGCAGCUGUACAAGCCCCCUGUCAGCAAAUGGUGGCGAUGACCCGAGAGGAGAUGCAGAGGAUAGCGGCGGCUACGGCGGCGCAGGCGGUGCAGCAAGUUACGAGCCACACAUCUCAUGCCACCACUGCGCCGACCACGGUGGCCGGAAGCCAAGAUGAAGAUGUGUCCAGUUAUGGAGAGGGGGAGGAGCUGGAAGAGAUCGGGCGAUGGAAAGUAUGGCGGAGCAGUUGUGCCAGUUGCAAGACAAAGUGGAGGGGAAGCCAGAGACGAGAGCUCGAGGACAUCCCUUUUCGAGGGAGAUUCUCGCUGCUCCUUUGCCAAACAAUUUCAAGAAGACCAACUUGGU